AUGACUCGUACCAAUGCCGCUCUGACUGACUCCACAAGUGCCGAGCUCAUGAGCCUCCUCGCAAACGGCGAGCAAGGUCUCUACGCCCGCUGCGGACAGCGCUACGUCCUCGAGCAGCUGGUUGCGUGGUUCCAGCACAUCCUCAACGACCAGGAAGUAGAGAAGUGGGUCUGGGUGAGAGAGAUCUCGACUGCUGUUCGUGCCUUAAAAAGCGAAUCUCCAAUCGUCGACUGCACAGCUCAGGUCAUUGUUGCCGCUAUCGAGAACGCUCCUUGGAGCAUGGAAGGAGGAGAAUGGAUUGGCUCAGUAAACGCCAUCGCCUUCGCCAUGAAACACGUUGCGAAAACCAUCGAGCGAGAUUUGGCACAAGCUGAGAACGAUGGCAUCGACAUCACUCUCUACCGCGAUCCGGCCGACUACACUCACGAGUCGAGCGACGAAGGCAGUGACGAGCCAUACGAAGAGAACAGAAAUACCCGUGCCCCCAAGAAGAGAUCUGGGGGCAGAAAGCCUGGCUCAAAGCUGAACGGAGGCUCCCGAAAGUGGACAAGAGACGAGAUCCUUCACAUGCUUCGCACGGUUCGCGAUAAUAUCGACAUGACCUGGGACGAGAGAGUGCAGGCACAUAAUGAUACAUAUGUUGUGCCGCAAGGAGUUCAGCAGAGAGGUCCGCGUACGAAAGAGGGCAUCAGACAGCGGCUUGACGAUAUGAUACGGUUGACGGAAAGGGGCCUGAAUGGGAGGAUCGUGGCAAAGAUUGCGCAGAUUGAGGCUGGAGGCAGUUUCUGA